AUGAUGGACAACUUGCUUCGCGUUGUUGCGCUGGCAUCACUUGCGCCACUCUCUGCGGCGGAGAAGGCUGAUCUCUACGGCGCGGCGGCGCCGGCGACUUUGCUCCCGCGCCACCGACGCGACUGGGAUUACUGCACGGCGAAUUUGUGCGGGGGCGCGGAGCGGCUCGGCGCGCUGCUUGACGCCGGUGACCUGCGGGAGCUGGGGCCGGAGGGCGCUGACAGGAUUAACGAUGCCGUCCGAGCCUAUGGCGUGGUCGUCAUCAAGGGGCAGAAUCUGACGCGCGCGGAGCAAGUCAAGUUCACUCGGCUUCUCGGCGAGCCGGUCGCGCUGGCGAAAUCCUUUUACGGGAAAGACCCGGAGCCCAAUCAGCCGUCGAUCUUACGCGUCACCAAUUUCUGGGCGAAUGGCACUUGGAAGGGCACGAGUCACAAAUUCGGCGACUACUGGCACCAGGACGGCCAGUUUUGGGACGCGCCGAAACCUGUGUGGAAAUCAACCAGUGAGUCGGGUGCACGGGGCCGUGCUGGCUCCGUCGAGCGGCAAGGAACCGGCAUCGCCACGCCAUCGAGCAGGCGCCGCGUCGAUGGCGUGGAGGACGACGCGAUGAUUCGAACGCGCCGUAAAAUUUUGAUUUUCACACAGGCCGAAACACAACAUGCUGUCGAUCGUGCACGCCCAGCAGGUGCCGCCGCGGGGCGGGGAGACGGGAUUUGUGGAUAUGCGGGCCGCGCGGGCGACGCUGUCCGCGCCGCUUCUGAAACGCGCCGCCAAGGCGGCGAUCCACGCGUCGGUUCGAGAGAUCAAAGACUUCCGAGGCGGCGACGAGGAAGACUUCGCCAUGUUCCCGAAAGUGGCCGUCCACCCCCUGCUGGCCAAUCACUACGUGGACUCCGGCCCGCUGCUGUACGUGGGGUCGCCGCACAUGAAGGUACACGGCUGCGUGGAAAUCAAAAUUUUAUGACGUGUUCGCUGAAUCGACGCGUCGACCUCCACGCCAUCGACGCGACGCCUGCUCGAUGGCGUGACGAUGCCGGUUUCUCACCGCUUGACGGGGCCAGCACGGCCCGCGGCGUCAUCGCCGAGAUAUGACUUGGUGAAGAAUUAUCGGGUGCACCCGACACACUGGUUGAUUUCCACACAGGUACACGGCCUCGAAACGCCCGAGGCCGGCAAGCGGCUCCUCAACAUGUUGCUCGCGCACGCGACGUCGCCGGCCUUCCAGUAUUUCCACGCCUGGGAGGCGGGCGACGUCGUCGUCUGGGACAACUCGCAGACGCUGCACCAGUCCAUGCCCUACGACAACGACGGUCACGCCCGGCGGGAGUACUACCGGUCGCAGGCUCGGAUAAGGCCGCCGGCGGUGGCGGAACUCUGAUCGUGCAUAUUCUCUGUGUAUUAGCUUGUAAAUAUUGUUCACAUACCACAAAA